UUUAUUUUCCAUCAAUAAACCUAACCUCAAUAGACCAGUAUAAACAAUAACAUGUGUUAAAUUUUACAAAAAUGGUUAUAUUAACACCGUCAUUAUUCGCAAAAUUGCGGAAAAUCACUAGAAAAUACCAAAAAUCAGGCUUUCGAGACUCCUUGAGGGUAUUUGUGGCGGGUGGAAGUGGCGGAAACGGCCUACCAAAGUUUGGUGGUGUGGGUGGAAAGGGCGGAGAUGUCUCCGUAAUUGCCAACGAAAACUUGACGCUUGAAGACGUCUUUAAAAGGAACAAAACCAAGAGAUACGUCGCACAAAACGGCCGGCACAGCUCGCACAAUUUCAUUUUGGGAAUUGCAGGGGAAGACCUCAAAUUUGAGAUCCCCACUGGUGUUACAAUUAUUGAUGAAACUGGCAAAAAACUAGGAGAGUUGAAUAAAGAUGGGGAAGAAUUAUUGUUGGCAAGAGGUGGAAUAGGUGGUCACAAGAAAAAUGGAUUUAAAGGUUUGCCAGGGGUCAGUCAUAAUGUACACUUGGACUUGAAAUUAAUUGCUGACAUUGGUCUGGUUGGAUUUCCUAAUGCUGGGAAAAGUACACUUUUAAGAGCAAUUUCUCAGGCUAAACCCAGAAUUGCCAGCUAUCCAUUCACAACAAUUAAACCUAACUUAGGAAUAAUCGAAUAUAAAGAUUUAAGACAAAUUUCAAUGGCAGACUUACCUGGUUUGAUUGAAGGAGCAUAUGCCAACAAAGGAAUGGGUCACAGUUUCCUAAAACAUGUAGAAAGAACAAAAUUAUUACUUUUGGUAGUUGACAUAAAUGGCUUCCAACUCAGCCCACAAUAUCCUCACAGAAGUUGUUUGGAAACAAUAAUGCUCCUCAACAAAGAACUUGAAUUGUACAAUGAAGAUUUACUACUGAAGCCAUCAAUGAUUUUAAUAAACAAAAUGGAUUCAGAGAAUGCACAAGAAAAGUACAAUGAAAUAAAAGAUAACAUAGUUAAUUUCAGAGAUUUUAUAAAAAAUUACUCAGAUGUAGAUAUGAAACCAAAAAUACCCAUAAAGUUUUGCGAUAUAAUGCCCAUUUCUGCGAAAGAAAGCAGCUCUGAUAUUUUAAAAGUCAAACAGAGAUUAAGAAAUCUCCUUGACGUUAUGGCGGAUUUAGAGAAUGAAAAUGAGGAUAAUACAUAUCCCGAUAUCAAGAACGCUUUAAAAGAAAAAACGCCGGUUUUAGUGUGAUAUAAUUAAGAAUAAAAUAAAUAAAAAUAACGUUAUUUAGA